AUAAUCGUCGAUAAUUUUAUUAAUAAAAGUUUUAACAAACUCUUCACUAAAUUGGAAGCAUUUAUUUUGCAAAUGACUUCAGUUAUAUGUGCAGCUUUAAAAUGUAAUAUUACGUUUGAUCGAUGAAAAAAUAUUAGAAACAAAAUUUAAAACUGGAAAAAAGGAACUAAGUUUGCUCAAUUUUUACAAACGAUCGUUAUACAAUUUAUGAACCCUCAGUGAAUAAUAAAAAAAGGGUUUAAAUUACUCUUGACAAUAUUUUGACAUCAAUUUCAUCGCUCCGUGUUUUUUAUUGAUCAGAAGAGCUGCGUUAUUUUUUAACUUUACCUUUUAUAGCCUGAAAAUAAAUUUCUGACGAUCACAGAUUCCGCGAAUAUGAAUAAACCCAAAUGAAUUUACAAUGCACUGAAAAUCAAAUUAAAUUCUGUUCAACUUUAGCAUUUAAUUAUGAACGAUAGAAAUGCGGGUUGUUGAGAAAUGUGACUUUUUUAUGGUACACGUCACUCAAAUUUCCCGCUGCCAAAUGCGUAACAGAUUUUUAUACUAAAAAAAAAGUUCGGAAUUAAUUUUAAAUGAGAGUUCUUGUGUCAGAAAAUAUAACAACUCCCUGUCCGGAGAAACAGAUUGCAACGAAGGUGAAAGAUAAGACGUGAAUAGAGGAUAAAACGUCGAUCGCGCCGUUCAAUUGACACGCCGACUCGCUGGCACCUUCAGUCUUGUCUGCGGCGGAUUCAUCUGAGAAAAAUGAUCCUAAACCGCGCGGAUCGUCGUACGCGCCGCGACACGCCGAUAUACCGUCGGAGAUGAUAUGCGACGCGCGCACGUGCGGCGGCUGCCGAUAUCUGGAGGAGCCAGACGACCGGACGGCGAGCCUCGCGGAGUUCCUGGCGAACUGUCAACAGGCGAAAUGCAAGGUGGUUCGUCUGGUCCGUCAGCAAAUAAGUAAACUGCAGAAUAUGCAGUACGAGCGUUUCCUGGUUGCGGGGGAUGAGGCGCGCAAGAAGAUGCGUAACGAAACGCCCACUAAAAUGCACGAGGCUCCCGACAAUGAGGUCCGCCAAGUGUACGGCGAAGUACACGAGCCGUGCGACGAUCCGCACGGGGCGGAAGGCGAAGUGGAGCAGGCGUUCAACGAGUCGCAUGACAAACUGUACGAGGCUGCAGUCGCGGAGCGAACUGUCGGGGCGACAAACCCAAUAGAGGUGGGGGAAAAAAAGCGCGCAUGUCUAGAACGCGGCGACCGCAUCCUUGCGUCGCGCGGCGUCUCCUGGGAGAGCGGUGGACCGCAAGUGGAUGCUGCGGAUCCUGGAUCGCGUUCGUCAUCGAGCGCAUCUGAUACUGGCGGCCGCUGCGGUCGGCGUGAUAGUCUGGACCGCGUUGGUGUACGGUGUCUUCCUGGGCGCGACGGCCUGCGGAGGCGGUCGCACCUGCUUCCGAUCGUCCCUUAAAUAUACGCACACCAAACGCACGCUCUUUUAACCCGCCCCGUCCAUCGAUCGUCCCCGUGAAACGGUGGUUAAAGUUAACCGAGCUUCGGCCUGUCCCACUUCCGCGUCCGCGUGGAGAGAUGGAGGAUGACCGGAGCUGGCUUUAAUGAAGAUUGGGAACAUCCGAUUUGUAGACGCGACCUUUUUCUCAUGCGAAAUUAUACGGAGAGCGUCUACCUGGUUCGUAUGACUGUCUCUAUGUCCGGGGUGUCCUCAGUAAAUCCGGACUUUUAACGCUGUCAUUUCUAAGAGGCAAAGCGCUGGUUUUUAGCGUACGCAUCUGUACACCACACGCUUUGCCAUUAUAAAAUUCUGAAUGAAUAUCUUUUUUUUAAAUAAAUACAAUUGAAAUUAUCCCCGGUCGUUUCUUUCCAUAGGGAAGAUAUUAAUUGUUUAUUAUAUACUGUAAUUAUCAGCUAUUGUACGCGAGACUCUUUCCGCGCGCAAAAUUGAAAGGAAAUUCAUAUUCUGAAAGUAGUACCUUUGCCUUUCGUGUCCCUCUUUAUAUUUAAAAGA